AUGACGCAUGAUACCGAUCGGCAGCUUCUGGUCGCUCUGCAACUGGCCGACUCUUUUUUUCCGACCGGGAUGUACGCCCAUUCGCAGGGGCUGGAAAGCAUGGUCGCCUGGCGUUGGGUACACUCCGCCGACGAUGUUCAGCAGAUGUUGGCCAACCUGCUCACCUGGUCGGUGCUGCCCUCCGACGGCGUGGCGCUGCUGAACGCUCGCCGGGCAGCCGGCCGGGCAGAUUCCAGCGAGCUGGUAGCAAUAGACUGGAAUUUACAUGCCAUGAAGCUGCCCGCCGAAACGCGCGCAGCCUCCCGCCAAACUGGUCGCCGCAUUCUUGACGAAUCCGCCCUGUUGCUCGGUUCCGACCAGCCCUGCCCGGUUUACGAACGAUACCGGACAGAUGUGGCGAGCCAGCGCGCGCCUGGCACCGGCGCCGUGGCCCUCGGUGCAACGGCCUGCGCCGCGGGCAUCCCGCCGCAAACCGCGCUGCUGAUGUUCUGCCACAGUUUCGCGGUAGGUGUGUUGGGAGCAGCGCAACGGUUGCUGCCGAUGACACACUCGGAGGCCCAACAGAUACUGCAUUCGCUGCACGAGCCGAUCGCAGCGAUGAGUAAUGAAAUCCAACACCGCCCGUGGCAGCAAAUGACGGCGUUCGCGCCACAGUCCGACAUCGCAUCGAUGCUGCACGAAUGCGACGAUCUGCGUAUGUUUGCCAGCUAA